AUGAUCAUCCAACCGAUGAAUCGGGAUAAGAGCACUAUUCCUGAAGGGAACGAGGCUCAUCAUGAAAGCGUGGGAAAGACGUCGAAGAACUACAGUUCUUCGAAAGAUCAACCACGCCAUAGUGCGCAUCAACAGGCAUUGCAAGCGCUAGGGCUGAGUAAUCUCAAGUCGCGCGGGCAUUCCUCAGAGGAGGCGAAGGGGCUCAUUUGCGACCUCGACAGCACGAUGAUGGCCGACGAACGGUUGGCUGAUGUAGCUGAGGAGUUUGCGGAUUCGUCGGGUGGUGGAGCUGGAGCUAAUGCUCCACCAGCUCAUGUACGCGUGAAGUUUUCUCCCCUCUUGCGCAUUCUCACGCUGCUGAACUACAAUCAAGCCAUCGUCUUCUUGAACGAUACCGAGAAAGCGGCCCAGAUCGCGGGGUUGCUCACUAGUGCGGGAAUUCCUGCGGUGGCCACCAGUGGCAAGGAGUCGCAAAGCGUUCGCCGUCAGGCUUUGCUCGGAUUGAAGACGUUGCAGUACCGUGUGUGUGUUGCUACAGAUCUGUGGGCACGUGGGGUCGAUCUCGCUAGUGUCAACCUAGUCAUCAACCUGGACCUGCCACCGGACAAGGAAACGUAUCUGCAUCGGGCCGGUCGCUGCGCGCGGUUCGGUAACCACGGCUGCGCGAUGAGCGUCCUCUUCCGCGCCAGUGCAGAGCGACAGCACAUGGAGUAUUUCAGGCGGCAGCUCGGUCUGGGCAAGGUCCUGCAAUGGCCGGCGGAUCGUGAUGUUGUGGAAAAGGUACUCGAUCGUGGACAAGGCACGGGAGCGAGCACUAGCAGGGCAUCAGCAUCAGCGUCCUGCUCAGUGUCGGCGAAGAAGAAAACUCAACUUGCGCCAAGUAGCUCCUCUGCUGUAGCUAAUUUGGCUGAAGUGCAGCAGGUCAAAGACGAAAAAGAACCUGCACAGGCCGCUGCUGAUAAUGUGAAGAAAGUGAAUGCGAGAGCGGCGUUGAAGGGUCGUCCCGUAGACGGUGAGGGAGCAAACGCUGACGCUGUGAUGAAACGACAUAGCAUUUCGCUGUUACCAGGCGGCAAGCGUUCCGUAUCGUCUUCGCUUUCUAAGAAUUUGGUGCUGGCUUCUUCCGCAGGUGAGCGCAUUCGUGUUCAAGGGGACCGUAUAGGGACAUCUACAUCGACCAAGAAGUUGGAGGAAGGUUCGUCGACCAAGCAUCAAGAACACCAGCGAAGGUGUAAGAGUGCUAAUGAGCACAAUCGCGAGCAGAAACACAACUACACGGCCUCGCCCAGUUUGUUCGUGCCUUUGCAGCAGGAGAGGCAUGUUGAUGUCGGACAGUUAACGCGGUCUCCAGGAAUGUCACAACAGGAAAUCGCGAUGGAGAGCACGCCUCCAGGUGUGAAUUCCCGUUCGCCUCGUUCGGCUGGGCCUAGCACUCUGAUGUCGAAUGAGUCCAAGAGCACGUCGGCUCAAAUCUCCGACACCUCUACUGGACGCGCGCGCAAGUUGGACGUGAUUCGGGCGCAAUUUGCCAGGAUGUGCCAACGAGAUCACCAGGACAACAAUGGGCCCUCAUCUUCCUGCAACAGCAGUCUUAAAACUCGGGGAGCCCUUGGGGGGGGACUCGCGACAAAUCUGCAGCCCGCUUCUAGUACAGGAAACAGCUUGACCACUUCAUUGCAACAUCAAAGACGUGGCAUCAUACUGCCUCCAUCAGACGUGAGAUUGCUAGCUCCAGCGACCUCGACUUCAGUGGCAGGCGGCGGGACAGAACGUGAAGGCCGUGCUUCGAUCUCAAUGAGGACGACAACAAAGCGUAAUCCCGAGUCUAGCCCCACUAGCGGUCCCUCAAAAGCGCCUUCAAAAUCGACAUCCGGAAGCCGCAUCAUACCUCACUCCGACGCUUCUCUGGGUGGUGCUGUCGCACAUGUUGAAGAGUCUAGCGUGAUAAAGCAAGGAAGACUGAGCACCGGAAGUCGUAAGCACGUCGGAGGAGGGCCUCCGCAACAGCACUCGACAGAACAGCUGGCAGAUCUAAUCAUGCAGAACCGAGAGCUGAUCAAUGAAAGCCGAAAAAUGCUGGACCAACGGGGCUUGGAGAUGGAAGUAGGAACACCUUGUCCUGUAAAUCAAGGCGAAGCGGCACGAUCAACACGAACGGUUGAAGAUCCAUCUUCAGGGCAAAUAAUAGAUCAGAGUACUGAACAGGAAAACGAUAUUAUAGAGAAGGACCAUCAAGGUCAAGAAAAAGUGGAAGGAGACAACAACAGAGGUGAUGCACCAUCUUCAGCGUCUGCAGCAUCAGGCACGACGAGAACUGUCGAAAUCGGCUCGACCACGUACAAGGUUGGUGAGACCCUCGGUUUUGAUGCUAUGAUGGCAGAAAGACCCGAGUGGCUCUCGCGUGCCGAACUGGUCAAAUUUUCAGCAUCCUCGACUGGCAACAAUGAGGUGGUCACGUUUCCAGAAGAGAUAUCCGAUGCCGGAACCACUUCUGGCUCUGAACGGGAUGACGAAUACGAUUUUGCUGAGGAAGAAACCGCUGACUUGGUGUUAAAGCCUUCGUCAUGGACUUCUCACGCUCACCGCGAAGAUGAACCACAACAAGGCGAAGUGAGAAACGGGGCCGCAACCGGAGCUACGCCAGAAGUGGCUUUACCCUUCUUGCGAAGUUGUUCUCUCACUGGGGUUUCUUGCUCUAGUUUUCCUACGUCAGGACCAGCGGAGGACCACCGGGUUAAAUCCACAGGUCAUAGCAAUUGCAAUGCUGAAAAACAAGUUUUCCAACAAAUUUCUGUUGAAGAGCAGAUGCUGGCUAAGAUUACGCAUUUCUGGCAAAAGUAUACUCAGCAAAUGUUCGUGGAUGAAUCGGAGUGGCGCUGUGACGGAAAUGAUGGCCGCGUUUAUCAGCUUAGCGAUUUCAUUGCUGAAUACGGUGGUUCCGUACAAGACCCUCCAGCUGAAUGGUGGUCCGCGGAGGUAGUCCUGGACGACGAAAUCGACUUUGAAGAUGAUGAUGCUGCUAAGAGCCUGGACGCGAAGGCGAAGAACGAUAGUUGUCAAGGGCCAGGUGAUAUGGAACAAAAGAGAGCAAGUGGCCAGCAUCGGGAAAUAGAUUACCGAGUGGAUGAGGACGGCUACGCAUACACACUGUCCGAGUUCAUAGCUGAGUAUGGUGGAAGUGUUCAGAACCCUCCGAAGCAGUGGCUGCAGGCGGACUUGUGGGACGGAAAAUUGGUGGACCACGAAGAAGGCGGGAUCGGAAGCGCGAAUGCUGAGGAGGUAGCACGAGAGGAAGAGGAAAGUGUGCUAGAUCUUGGGACGGUUUCGCGGCUCAUUCGAUCAAAAAAGGCCGACCAAAAGAAGAAUGCGUCCCCUCAGCUCACAUCUUCUUCACCAGGAGCUCCAGCAGCAAGAGUUGCGGCUUCCGCUGCUUCGAACACCAUCAAAUCUUCACGUACUAGAGUAAACAAGGAGACAGUACAACAUGAUCGCGAAGAUGAUCACGAAGAACUAGACGCUGUCCUUGUUGACCACGGCCACCAGCAGAACCAGAGCUGCAAGAACCCGCCAACUCCUGAAGAUCAGAACAAAAAUACGAAUAGUCGCUACCUGAAGCGAAAAACCCGUUAUGAUCCGUAUGCGGGGAACGCGUUUGCUUUGAUGUGUCUCGGGACACAUCCUCUGGACCAGGCAAACGAAGACGCGGAGCACCGUGUCGACAUCGCUGACGGUCGAGCAUACCGCUUGUGGGACUUUUUGAUUCAGUAUGGAGGCGGCAUAUCCGACCCGCCGCACGAGUGGCUCACCUCCCCCACAGAAGAAGAAUGGCUUGCGCUGUCCGAUGCAGAACGUGAAGAGCUUUUGCAGAUCGGGCAAGAGAAACGCGGUGGACUAGGCUUUGUACUUGAGGAUGCAGAUAUCGUAGACGACGAAGAAGGUGCUGAUGAUGGUGGACAUCAGAAGAAAACUUCAUCUCGAGGUAAUAUAACGAACAAGAGAAAGCAGGCACUGCGGGAUCUGUAUGGAAAGUCCACGGUAGCUAAGGGACCGCGUGUUUUUGCUGCUGUCGACGGCAUGCCCACCGGACAAGAAAAUCUUCGAGCAGAACGGAAUCUUGAGGAGGAAGAUAGAGAGCGGUAUCGCCGGUUAGAGGAACAAGGUCCCAAUUUUCCAUUUGGCGCUAUGAGCAGCUACUUCCGCAGGGACUACGUCACACCUAGGACAGAAAUGGAAGGAGCACAUGCUGCGCCAGCCCUCAUAUCUGCCUCUGUUGCAGCCCUUGGUGGAGAAAUCGUUACUGCUGAGAAGAAACAAAGCGCAGCAGCCAGUAGCAGUAACAACUCCGCGACUCUUCUCCUAGGAGCUGAGAACCAAAAUAUCGAGCCUCAAGGCAUACAACUCCCUCCUCCAGUGCCCUUCGAUCCUGUCCUGCUGAUGGAUGCCUCCACCAACCUAAUUCAAGCUAUUCUAGACUUCCAGAAGGCUCUGAUGCCUGCUUACCUACAUCAGAAGAACAAUGGUUCGUCCUUGUAGAAUAUCCCUAAAAUGAAAGAGCCUAGAUCAUGGUUUUUCUUCCUUUUCCACUCGCUAAUAUUUCUUUGAAGCAAGACCAAGAUCAAGAUGUAGAUGCUGUCGUCAUGUUGAAUAGUUCUGAUUUCAGCUUCGUGGAUGAAAUCUUCUUCAUCAGAGAAAAACGGCCAGCGUGUUUUUCUUAAUACGCCCACUUGUCACGACGUCCUCAAUUUCAAGGCCAGCUUAAACGCUUUUGGCCUGGUAGGCAUAUCCUGCUACAACUACCAACUUCUACCUACUUGUUUGCUUUGUUUCAUUCGUGCGAUUGCGCAUAUUAUUCACUAAG